AUUGAAACCCUGAAAACACUGACACUGUAAAAAAAAAAUCAUGUGACUGCUGUGAAAAUGUAUUUACUGUUUUUACAGUGAAAGGCGAGCGAGGCAGAGAGUCAGAGAGAGAGGGGAGUGAUGACAUCAGCAGGAGGAGGAGAGAGAGGAGAGAGGGAGGAGGAGGAAAACAGCAUCCUUCAUCAGACAGAGAGAGAGGGAGAGAGAGAGGAGGGACGAACGAGAGGAGAGAGGGAGAGAGAGAAAACACCGGAGGACAGAGAGAUAAAAUAAAGGAGAAGAAGAAGAAGACUGAUGGUGUCGUCUGAGAGAGGGACGGACGGAGGAACGAGAGACACUGAGACAGACAGACAGACGGAGAGAGAGAGAGAGACAGGCAGGAGGAAGCUUUAACCGUAUCUGGGCCUGUGUGUGUGUGUGUGUGUGUGUGAUCAGCUGAUUGGAGGGCGGAGCCAUGAUGGGCAAGGAUUACAUGUUGGCCAUCAUCAUAGUCAACUAUGACGACAACAUCUGGACUGACCAGAACCUGCUGCUGGAUCCAGACCUUCCCUCUGGCUGGAGAACCAUCAAAGACUCCACAGGGACUUACUACUGGCACGUUCCCACCGGCGCCACCCAGUGGCAGCACCCCCGCCUCACUGGGACUCCACAGCCCCUCAACAAACAGCAGGAGGAGGCUGGACAGCAGAGCUCCAACAGACAGACAGACGGACCACCUGAGGACAGAUCAUCAUGGCAUGAAGAUUAUCUCACCAACCACGACCCUGACUCCAAGUGUUUUGCAGUCAGGUCUCUGGGCUGGCUGCAGGUGGAGGAGGAGGACCUGUCUCCCGGUCGCAGCAGUCUCGCUGUCAGUAACGUCAUCCAGCAGCUGUCUCACUGCAGCAGCCCCGAGCAGAGAGACAGGCAGGGAGCCUCGGGGGAGGGCCGGGAGAUGAUGCUGGUUCUGAAGAAAGACACUCUGACCCUGUUGGACCCUUUAGACCACACCCCCCUCCACUGUCAGCCAAUCAUCAACAUCCGAGUCUGGGGGGUGGGCUGCAACAACGGCAGGGACUUUGCCUUUGUGGCGGGCGAUAAGGACAGCUGUGUGCUCAAGUGUCACGUGUUUCACUGCGACGCUCCGGCCAAAGCCAUCGCCACCGCUCUGCAUGAGAUGUGCUCCAAGAUGAUGUCGGAGAAGGCUCUGAUGAGGCCGUCUCGCUCUCUGACAAUGGAGAGUAUCUCACCUGAGGACCUGCCCAGACAAGUCGAGUUCCUGGAGGCAGUGCGGCAGCAGGCCCAGAAGUUUGAGGUCCAGUACAUCGGUAACCUGCCAGUGUCCAGAGCCAUGGGUAUGGAGGUGUUGAACAGAGCGAUUGAGAGCAUCAUGAACUCCACAGACAGAGAUGACUGGGAGCCGACGGUGAUCCACGUCACUGAGAACGUCCUGUCUCUGUGGAAGGGAGAGGAGGGGGAAGAGCCAUUCUGGGAGUGUCAGGUACGCUUCCUCACCUUCCUGGGCGUCGGCCAUGACAGCCACACCUUCGCCGUGAUCGUCGACGGCGGCACGCAGAGAUUCGAGUGUCACGUGUUCUGGUGUGAACCGGACGCUGGGAUCAUCUCUGAGGCCGUCCAGGCUGCAUGUAUGGUCCAGUAUCAGAAGUGUCUGGUGGCUCAGACUCCUCCUCCGAGGUCUAAGUCGUGGCGUGCGAACCCGUCCAAGGUCAAACGGGCCAACUCCAUGGAUGGCGCUGCCUUCCCUCCUCUCACUUCCCGUUACCAUGGCAGCGGCAGCUCCGCCAUGAUGACGCCGAGGAUGACAAAGGGAAACGGUGGCAGCGUGAGGAAGGGGAUGAUGGCAUUCUUCGAAACCUUUCGCAACAAACAGACUGCCACCUCCUAAUGACGGGGGAGGAACCGGCAGAGACCAUGGCGGCUCUGGCGGUCCAACCGGCUGGUUCUGCCACCUUCACAUCACCAGCGACGCCGACACUCGCCACAGUCGUCUCUUCUCCUGUUUGUUGGACCUGAAACAUACCUGUCUGAACUCAUGAUGUUCGUCUCACCUGAAGAGCACGAACGUCAGGUGACCAGCAGAGGUCUCCGGACUCUAACGUGGGUUUUCUGUUACUUUAGAGGCCGUGAUCAGACCAGGAAACAACCACUGGAUCCAAACAGCAGAGACCUGAUCAGUAACUUGUUGGUCGAGACCUCUGCCAACACCUCACCACCUCCUCAGAUCUGUGGAGGAUCAUUUUAGCCAGAAGUCAAAUUAAAUCUAUUGUUAUAUUGUUAUAUUGACUCAGGAUGAUCUGACCAUAAUUAAACAUUAAAAAAUAACUGAAAUGACAAAAAGAUCCCCGACUUAACUUUAGUCAACAAAUAACCUAAAGAAACCCUGAAACAGCCCUUUAACACGACUCUCACCCAACCCUUCAACUCGCCCUUAAUCAGAGUGAAACUUAGAGAUAGGAGUGAGAUAGGAUAGAGAAGAAAAGCAUCUGUAUGUGUUCGUACGUGUUCGCUUUAAGCUUUGUAUUUUAGUGAAUUAGAAACGUCAAGUUUUUAAAACUGCAGUGAGUCAUUCAGACCAGCAGGGGGCAGAAAAACAAACAUGGAAACCGAUGUGGUGUUUAUCGACUUACCUGUUUAUUUAUCCGUGUUCAGGUCACAUGACGGGAGGUGCUGAUGUCACAGGUUUCCAUGGUUACAGCUGUUCACAUGUAAACAAAUGAACAAACAGGUGAGAGAGUCAGCGUCGCUGUCAGAAAAAAAACAUGUCAAUAAAGUUGUAAUAUCAGAAUAAAGUCACAAUAUUUAGAGGAUACAGUUGAGAUAUUUGGGGGAAAAAGUCGUAAUGUUUUGAGAAUAGAGUUGAACAUAUCACAAAAAAGUUGUAAUAUUUCAAGUCAUAAAAUUAGGAGGAAACAGUCAUAACGUUUUGAGAGCAAAGAUAGAUUAUUUUAAAAGUCGUAAUCUUUUCUGAAAAAUUAAAAAGAAAAUGAAGUAAAGUCUAAUAAUAACAAUAAUGAACUUGAAGUUUUGAUCAGUUGUUUUUAAAGUUGGAGUAUUUGGAAGUUUUACAAAAAGGUCAUAAUAUUUUAAAGUUGUAAGAUUAGGAGGAAACAGUCGUAAUGUUUUCAAUAUAGAAUAAAAUUUGAAUAUUGAGGAAAAAGGAAAGUUUUCAGAAUAAAGUCAUGAUAUUUCAAACAAAAGUAUAUUUUUUAAACAGACAUUCUUUGAGAAUUUCACUCUUGUAUGUUACGAUUUUAUUCUUAUAAUACUACAAAUUCUUUUCAAAUAAUUACAAAAUUUUUUGACAGAUUUUUUUUCUGAACAGUGGCCUGAUGCUCCGUUAUAGAAAAUGCAUAAAAUAUAUAAAGACUUUAAUAAAUAAAUAAAUAAAUAAUCAUUUAUGUCAUUAAAACAUCAUUAAAGAAACAGUCCAACACCUCUGUUUUCUACACUCUGAACUCCCAGGAACACUGAGAGCUCUGAAACGCCUCAUGAGAAGGUCAGUAAACACACCACGAACCAACCUUACUUUUUAAAUGUUAUUUUAGUUAAAGUCAAUGACAGUUUGACACUUUGCCCUGCAGUUUGCAUGUCAGGCACAGCAUGGACAACAGCAUGGAAAGUCUUUGAAAAUAUCCUGGAAAUGAUUUACACGUUUCUGAAUGUACGGCUGGAGGCGACGGACUGAGACGGACUGUCCAGCUGCCUCCUGAUUGGCCAAAGCACCUGUAGAUAGAAGCUUUGGUGUGUCAGUGUCAGUAGGAAAAUAUCAGUGAGAGGUUCGAAUGUGUUCGUACGAGAAGAGAAAUAUAUUCAAACAGCUGCAGCUGCAUGAGAAGAAACCAGACGAGCCAGUAGUUUCUCUCUUCAUUUAUCUGCAGAGAAAACAAAUCAAUGAUGUCAUGUAUAAAUUAACCAAAAAUAAACUGAUGAAAAUAUU